AAAUCGCUCUCGCCCCCUCUCUCUCUCUCUUCCCCGGCUUCGUUUCGCUCACUCGCGGAGUUCGAUCGAUCGCGCAGCAGGCAUGGCGGGGCAGCUAACGGACGGUCAAAUCGCCGAGUUCAAGGAGGCGUUCAGCUUGUUCGACAAGGACGGCGAUGGCUGCAUCACAACCAAGGAACUCGGAACUGUCAUGCGCUCUUUGGGUCAGAAUCCCACAGAAGCCGAACUUCAAGACAUGAUAAACGAGGUGGAUGCAGAUGGAAAUGGCACGAUCGACUUCCCAGAGUUUCUCAACUUGAUGGGCCGCAAGAUGAAGGAUACAGAUUCAGAGGAGGAACUAAAGGAGGCCUUCAGAGUGUUUGACAAGGACCAGAAUGGCUUCAUCUCUGCCGCUGAACUUCGACAUGUCAUGACCAAUCUCGGAGAGAAGCUCACCGAUGAGGAAGUCGAUGAAAUGAUACGUGAAGCUGAUGUUGAUGGUGACGGCCAGAUCAACUAUGACGAGUUUGUCAAAGUCAUGAUGGCUAAGUGAGUCAUGACUAGAAAAUAAAACUGAGGAAAUCUCCAGUGUUUAUGGAUUGAGUUGUAGAAUCUUGUUUUAGUUGUGAAACAAAAACUCGGUGACUCUCAUUUACUCUAACUGGCCCUUGUUAAGGUAGACUGCUAUGUUGUUGUCGUUGAGCAUCUUUCCCUUGUUUGACUCUUUAUUUGAUUGGCGACUAUUGAAAAUAUUUAAACUUGUGUUUGAUGAA